ACAUAUAAUUUGCAUUUUGGCUAAAAGCUUUGCUAGGCUGCAGCCUCUGUUCUUGUUUCUCUUUUUGGCGCUUCUUUUUUGGGAUUCAUUCGCAAGGAAGGAAAGGAAGCUUGAUUCUUGGUGAUCAUUCUGAAGGGCAAACAUCACAAUUUUUCUAUGUUUUAGAUGCGGCCAAAGAAAAUGUCCAUGGCUGUCAAGGAUGAGAAGAAAAUGGUUGUUGAUGUGGCAGCAUGGGCAUUCAAUAUUGUCACUUCAGUUGGAAUUAUUAUUGUUAAUAAAGCCUUAAUGGCUACAUAUGGUUUCAGCUUUGCGACAACCUUAACUGGGAUGCAUUUUGCUACGACGACAUUAAUGGUGUUUUUUCUUAAAUGGCUUGGGCAUAUCCAGAAUUCCCAACUCCCGUGGUCUGAACGAUUGAAAUUUGUUUUGUUUGCAAACUUCUCUAUUGUUGGAAUGAACGUGAGUUUAAUGUGGAACUCUGUUGGGUUUUAUCAGAUUGCAAAGCUAAGUAUGAUACCAGUGUCGUGCUUUUUGGAAAUUGUGCUGGAUAAUGUGCGAUACUCGAGAGACACCAAAUUAAGCAUUUUGUUAGUCCUACUAGGUGUUGCAAUCUGUACUGUUACUGAUGUAAGUGUAAAUACAAAGGGUUUUAUUGCUGCCUUCAUCGCGGUCUGGAGCACUGCCCUGCAGCAAUAUUAUGUACAUCAUCUUCAGCGUAAAUAUUCAUUGGGAUCAUUCAACCUGUUGGCACAUACUGCACCAAUACAGGCUACAUCCCUGCUGUUACUGGGACCCUUUUGUGACUACUGGUUGACUGAUAAGAGGGUCGACGCCUAUAACUAUACCUCAAUAUCACUAUUUUUCAUCAUCCUGUCAUGUACGAUAGCAAUAGGGACUAAUCUGAGCCAAUUCAUCUGCAUUGGAAGAUUUACAGCAGUGACCUUUCAAGUGCUUGGUCAUAUGAAGACCAUUCUUGUCCUGAUUUUGGGUUUCCUCUUCUUUGGUAAAGAGGGACUGAAUGUACACGUUGUGUUUGGAAUGGGCGUGGCCAUCAUUGGCAUGAUUUGGUACGGUAACGCCUCCUCACAACCAGGUGGGAAAGAGCGGAUACCACCCCCCACUGUCGUCAAACCUGAAAAACACAUGUUGCUACCAACAGAGCUCGACGAGAAAGUAUAGGGAGUCAGUCAUCUCUCCGAGUAAUUCAUACUGCCAUCAUAGACUCAUUUUUAUAUUUCACAGUCUAAAUCUUUUACAGUCUUUCCCUAAUUUUAUGUUGAGAUUCAUAUGUUAAACAUUGCAAAGAGAGUGAUAAAUUAUUUUAUGAAGCAAUGUAGCUUUGAUCUUC